UUCCUUUCCCGAUGAUGCCACUCUAGCGGCGCUCCCUUCUCCCUUUCCCAUUACCUUUUCCCCAUUUCCUCCCCACUUCCUCCUCGCUUCCUUCCUCCCUUCCUUCCUUCCUUCCUUUCCUGGGGGAGGGGGCGAUGGAGUCCCAGUGCGACUACUUCAUGUACUUCCCGGCGACCUCGUUCCCGUGCCGGGCGGAGCUGGAGGGCGAGCCCGGCCGGUACCGCUCCCUCCCGCGGAGGAACCACCUCUACCUGGGAGAGACCGUCCGCUUCCUCCUCGUCCUCCGCUGCCGCAAUGCGCCUCCCUCUUCCUCUUCCGCUUCCGCUUCCUCUUCCUCCUCCGCCCCCCCUCCUCCCCCCCCUUGGGGCCAGCUGGCGGGGUCUCUUUCCGCCCUGGCCAGCGUCAGCCCCGGAGGGGGAGGGGGGGGGAGGGGGAGGGGCGGGGGGAGUAGGGGGCCUGGGUCUGCUUCCCGAGGGUGCCGCCCCCUCCUCACCCACGGCGCCCCCGCCAAGGCCACCCCCGCCGCCGCCAGGUCCCUCCCAACUGAGGAGCCCAUUGUCUCCACCGACGAGGUCAUCUUCCCGCUGACCGUCUCCCUGGACAAGCUGCCGCCUUCGACCCUCAAGGCCAAGAUCGUGGUGACGGUCUGGAAGCGGGACCAGGAGAAGGCGGAGGCGCGGGAGAGGGGCUACCUGAGCCUCCUGCAGGACCGCGCCCCCGCCCAGACCUUCAAGGAGGAGCAAGGCGCUUUCAAGGCACAAGUGAGCACCCUGCUGACCGUCCUUCCGCCCCCGGAGGUCAAGUGCCAACAGCUCAACGUGGCCGGGAAGCACCUGACGGUCCUGAAAGUAUUGAAUGCGGCCUCGCAGGAGGAGGUCUCCGUCUGGGACGUCCGGAUCCUGCCCAACUUCAACGCCAGUUACCUCCCCAUGAUGCCCGACGGGUCCGUCUUGCUGGUUGACGACGUUUGCCACCAGUCGGGCGAGGUCUCCAUGGCCUCCUUCUGCCGCGUCUCCUCCUCUUCUUCCUCUUCCUCUUCUUCCUCCUCGGCUUCCUGCUCCCUCCGGGCCCUUGAGGAGCAGAACUUCCUCUUCCAGCUGCAGGCCCCCGAGCAGCCCCCCAGCAGCGCUAAAGAGGGCCUGGAGGUCCCUCUCAUCGCGGUGGUCCAGUGGUCGACCCCCAAGCUGCCCUUCACCUCCAGCAUCUACACGCACUACAGGCUGCCCAGCAUCCGCCUGUCGCGCCCGCGCUUUGUGAUGACGGCGGAAUGCCCCUCGCCUGUCCCGCUGCACCGCCGCUUCACCGUCACCUACACGCUCAUCAACAACCUGCAGGACUUCCUGGCCGUGCGCCUGGUCUGGACCCCGGAGAGUGCUGCCACAGGCAAGAAGCUGUCCCGCGAGGAGCGCCGCGCGCUGCAGGACACCCAGGAGGCCAUUGUGUGCCACACGCCCCUCAACAACCUGGGCUUCUCCCGCAAAGGCAGCGCACGCACCUUCCGCGUCACCUUCCAGGCCCUGCGUGCCGGGCUCUACGAGCUCUCUCAGCACAUGAAGCUGAAGCUGCAGUUCACGGCCAGCGUCUCGAACCCUCCUCCCGAGGCGCGCCCGGUCUCGCGCAAGAGCAGCCCCGGCAGCCCGGCCGUGCGUGAGCUGGUGGAGCGGCACCAGGCCAGCCUCGGGCGCUCACAGAGCUUCUCCCACCAGCAGCCCGCCCGCGGGCACCUCAUGCGGUCCGGCAGCGUCAUGGAGCGCAGGGCCAUCACGCCCCCGGUGGGCUCCCCAGUGGGGCGGCCACUCUACCUGCCCCCCGACAAGGCCGCCCUCUCCCUGGACAAGAUUGCCAAGCGGGAGUGCAAGGUGCUGGUCAUUGCGCCCGGGACGUGAUGCAAGUGGGACCCCCGAGGAGGGCGCGGCCCUUUGCCACUGCCGACCUGCCGCCCGCCCCCCCCUCCACCCACCGACGCACCCCCUCCCCAGGCCAAAGGCUCUGUCCGCCAGGAAUGGCUGUGCGCUGCACAAGGAGGGCCACCGCCUCGCUCUCUGCCACCAGAAAACCCCUCGCUGUGCCAUCCACCCCUGGGACCCCCCUGCAAAAGGAGGAAGGAAGGAAGGAAGCCCAACAGGUGCUGCAGGUGGGGAUGCGGAUGCAGAUGCUGCGGAGCAUCUUGGACCUCCUCCGUGCU